AUGUUGCCCUCCGCGCGGGAGGUGGAGGAGGUCGUUGUGGCAGCCCUGAGGGGCGGCAACUGGGCACGUGCCGCGAUGCUCCUCGCGGGGGCGGUGCGGCUGCCGUGCACCCCGACAGCGCGGACGUACGCGGAGGUGGUGGCCGCCGUCGCCACGCGCAGCACAUGGGAGGUGACUGUGCGGGUGCUGGAUCGAAUGCAGACCAGUCCCCUCUCCGCCCGCGCUGUCUACCACACGGCGGCGGACGCCAUACUUGCACGCCGCGAAGAAGGUGCGGCGGAGACGCUGCUUGCGCUCCUGCUCGCGGCCCGGCGCCGCCGCGUGCCCGCGUUGGCCCCCCACCACCACCUGCAAUGCAGCCGCCUGUUGCUGGACGCCGGGGAUUGGCAGGGUGCCCUGCUUGCGGGCUCACAGGAGCGUCUGGUUCAGCACGCGCCGGCGCUGGCACAGCCGACGAUGCGAGCGGCUGCGGCUGGGCGACAGUGGGUCGCGGGGUCAAAGAUCAUGUCCUCCCUGCUGGCCUCCGGUGGCGUGCCGAGUGCGGCCGUGACGGAAAGUUUUAUUUGCUGUUUUACUCCCACAUCGCCGUGGUGGCGGGCGCUGGCGGUGGCCUCGGUGCUCGCCUGCCGAGACGAGCCGGGGGUCAGGCGGCGCGCCGGGGAGCUGCGCGCGGAGGUGCGGCAGCGCGCGGAGUUGCCUGAAACAAACGCCAAGGAAAAGCGACGCCAAGCGACGCCGCGCCUCGCCGACGGUCGUCCGACGCCGGAGGACCUCACGCUGAUGGAGGCCACGGAGGCCCUCGCCACGCUGGGGGAGCGGCAGUGGGCGAGGGCGCUGGAGUUGGUUCACUUAUUUCCGGCGCUGCUGCAGCUGACGCCCGGACCGCGAGCCCUGCUGCCGCCCAUGACUCGGCUCGACGGUGUGCCGCAGCGCUGCUUCUACUGGGAGGCGCUGUGGCAGGCCGUUGCUGCCGCCCUCGCUGCCGCCCCCAUGGAUGCCGUCCUCCACGCAGCGAGUCUGUUUUUGGCUUACCUGCGCAGCGGGGAGGGAGAUGACGCCGACGCACAGACGCAGGCGGAGGAGGUGGCGCGUGCAAAGCACGCCGUGAUUGCCUUUGUGAACGCCAGGCGCACGCACGAGGUUGGGGCGCCGGAGCCGGCCCGCCUUCGCUCCGUUGUGCGGCUCACCUGCGCGCGUGGGAGCUGGGAGGACGCGCUGGCGCUCACCGGGCGUCCCACUGUGGUGUUCACAGAACUCGUGGAGCGUGGCAACUGGCAGGCCGCCGUCGCACUGUACGGCAAGCUGCAGCCAAGCGCCCAAGAGCGUGCUGGACCUGCGUUGGAGCACCUGUUUAUCUCCAUGGAGUUGUGGGCGCCCGCCCUGCGCUACGCCCAAAGCCAGUUGCCAGGGGACACGCUGAGGCUGCGCGGCUUGGCGAUCCCGCUCUGUGCGGCCCUGGGGCAGUGGGGCCGCGCGCUACACAUGUUGUUUCGCUACGUUCCCGCACCCACCGCGGCGGAGACGCAGCUGCAGCGGUACUGCAUCCUGCGUCACGCGGAGGCGACGAUCCGCGACGCGGCUGAACGCGAUGAUUGGAGCAAGGCGCUGCAGGCGUGGGGCGCCGUUCGCGGGGUCCUCCGCCAUGACCGGACGCCACGCCGCGGCGAGGGCGAGGGCGAGCGCGAGCGCGAGGCGGCGCCUGACGGGGACGCCCACCUCCGUAUCUCGCCGCAUGCCGUGAAGUGCACAGCCAAACUGCUCCUCGAGCACCAACGCUACGACGACUGCUGCUUAGUGCUCUCCCUGCACACACCCACCGCCGCCGACCCCAUUCUGCUGCGCUGCCUGCAGCUCUUCUACUACAUUCGCCUGUCCCCACUUUCCUACGGACGCGUGCUGCAGGAGUACAGGGCGAGGUAUGCGGCCUACCGGGUGGUGCUUGACUGCUACGCCGUUCUUGCGCUAAGCCUGAGCGGAAACCAUGCGGGUGCCUUUGGGAUUCUUCGCAGGCUCGCGUCCUCGCGGGACACGGAGGCCGCCAACGCCGUCGUGCGCGGGUUGGAAGAGGUGCCUCACGUGAAGAAGAUGCUCUCACCCAUUCUCCUCCAUGCGGCAACGCCGUCGCAGGCAGCCGAGGUCGAGGCUGUCAUGGAAGCUCUCACGUCUUGCGUGACAUCCAUUGCGGACGUCAACUUGUUCAACGCACCUUUGCUGGCGUGCUGGGAAAGCGACAGUGAGGCCCUGCGUGGGUGCGCCCUCCGCACAGCGAUACAACUCUCGCGGCACAUGCUUCUGCGGGAGCUUCCUGUUCCUUGGGCCGUCGUGCGCGUUGUGGCGGGCGGGCUUGCGGGUCCCACGGAGAGCUCGGCUGCCCCUCUCCUCUACGAGGCUCUACGGCAGCGUGGCGCGUUGGGCACAGCCGAAGACGUGGAGGGCGACGCGGAUGCGGCGGAGGAUUCGUGGCGGCCGUCACAAGAAGAGCGGGAUGCGUUUUUACGGCAGUGUGCACAGGCUUUCAUACGGGCGGGGAAUUGGGGUCGCGCCCUCGCCGCGAUGCAGGCGUGCGAGAGGGCCGACGAGGAGGCACUCUUCCAGACGGCCGUUCUUUUGAGGGAAGAAAAUGACCGCCGUGUGCGAGCGGCACAUCGUGUCAUUUUGGAGGCGACGGCGACGGAUGACGCAGCCGCCGUGGCUGGGCGACAGGCGGAGGAGGCGCUGAUGGCGCUGACGCAGCUUCAGGCAUGGAAGGCGGCCCUGGUGCUGUUUACCGGCGUCACCGCGGCAGAAGGACGCUGGUCACGCGGGGCGCGUGGCUGCUUGAGCGGCGGCGUCGCUAACGCGCUGCUUUCAACGGUGGCAACGUUUGGCCCCUGGGAGGCCGCGUUGCGGCUGUUGACGACGUUGCAGCAGGAAUUUCGGCCCGCGAGUGGUGCACUGGUGGGGGAGGGGCUCACGGAUGUGCUGCGCGCCGUGCGGAGCGCCGGCGGUGCCGUCAUGUGCAGCAAGGUGCUGCUGUUCGUUGUGCAGGAGAUGGGGGUGGUGCCGACGCCGCCGCAGUACGAGGUGCUCUUGAGCUCCUGCCUCGGCCCGCAGCUGACCGCCGUGGAGCGCGACGCCUGCGCCGGGAACCUUCGGCGCCUCAGCCACUCCCUCAGUGAGCGGCAGGUCAUUGACCUCAUUCUCGCCAUCACCGCGGCGGGGCGCGGCGGGGAGGCGGCGUGGAUUCAGCGGCGGCUGCGUGGCGGGGGGCCGCGCGGUCGCCCUCACCCGGCCCGUUGGAUCCCCGUCGAGCGCCCGCCGCUAACCGCGGCGGAGCUCCAGCAGCUCGCGCAGCUCGCCCCGCGCCUUGUGCUGGCCACCUCACGGGGGCUGGAGGCACUCGCCCAGGGGGCCCUCGCGGCGCGCUUUCGGCCCUUUGAGCUGAAGCUCCUGCUGCAGCACUACCGCCCCGAAGUGCUGGCGCGGGUGCAAGCCGCAGGCGGCAGCGCGGCGGCGCUGGAUCCGCAGCUGGUUGAACACUGCAGGGAAAAUAGGCUCCUGCACAUCCUUCUCUUGUCCCACGAGCGUGCGUGGCGACGGCGGCCGUCGCUCCCAGCGGGGGAGCAGAGCUCCGCAGCUUUCAUAGACCGCCUAACGUCGGACGUGUUCCACGGGUUUGCGUCCCCGCAGACGGUGGCGGCAGUGUGGGAGGCGUGUCACCCGUUUGUGGCGCAGCUGGCGGCGCGGCGGUGGCCGUGGCUCUGCGAGUAUGAGAUGCUGCAGGCGGUGCGGCGCAGCGGCGGAAAGCCCCCGGCGUCGCUCAUCACGCGACCAGACGCGUCGCGGGCCGAGGUUGCGUCGUAUUGGGCCACGUACGGUCGCGCCAUUUGGCCAGAGCUGUUUUUUAGUGGUCCGGAACUCUGCCAGCUGGCGGUGUACGUGCCGCUCGUCGAGCCGCUACUGGGCGACGAGCAGGGACUCCGUGAGCUCUGCUCCGCGAUUCAGGCGGCCCACUUUUCGGCGGAGGCGAUACCGCAGGGCGAGGCGCUGUUGCGCCAGCCACGCUCGACGGGGGCCAUUUGCGCAGUCUUCAAGCUGGCCUUCAAGACACUCAAGCGGCUGCACACGCAACUCGAUCUGGACGCCCGCGGUGGGCGCUUCUACUACCACCACCACCCCGACGCCGCGCUCUGGCGCCGGUACUCCGCGGGGGCCGCCACGACGGAGCGGCUGCCGCGGUGGGCGCUUGCGCUCCGCGUCGUCCACCACUACCGGCGUUCCACGGCAACCACGCUGCCGCCACGCAUGCUGGCGGCCCUCUUCUCCGCCUGCGCCGCCGACGCUGCUGAGCGUACCCACGUUUCAGGACGGAGGCAGCCAAGGGAGUCCUCGUUCUGGGAACUGGCCAUUCAGUGCGCACAGGCCGUCGAGCCAAACUGUACUCCGGCACUCUGGCACCAUGCGAUGCAGCUGGCGUCGCCGCCAACACCGUCCGGUGGCGGCGUGGCGAUGGCUGCCGACGAGUGCCGCCUAGCGGACAUGCAUGACGCCCCCUUGCAGGCCACAACUCGUGUUCUGCUCAGCCACGCGAGGAAGGGGGAGGGAGCUAUUCCCCUUGCCGUCUCCCUGCUCCUGAUUGACCAAGUGAAGGCGCUGCUCGGCGAGGUGCGCCUUCACGGCGACGCCGGGGACGCGUGCAGCCAGGGUGACGACGUCCUCACUGUCUGGGCGCUGCUGCGGCGUGAUGGCUGCCUGCAGAAGAUGGACCCGCAGCACGCCGCGCUGUUGAAGAGGCUUGUGCUGGAGGGAACACCGUCCGGAGAGUUUGUCGCCGAGUAA